AUGCACCCCGAAGUCGUCGACGCUAAUAAUUAUCCGGUAAAAGCGAGACUCAUCUCGAAAUUUCACAAUCAUGAGCAUCUGUUAAGAGAAAUGGUGAGUUUCUUUGCACCUUCCAAUCGCCCACCUUUACUAAUUCCCUUUCAGCAACGGAAUCGCAAUCGUAAGGAUUGGUCACCAAUGCCCCAAUCAGCACAUGCAGUGAACACCGUGAAUCCAAUCCGACGAAUCGCUGACGCCGUUACGGUAGCGCCGAAUCCGAACAAAAGCGCGAUCAAAUUGCAUCUGGGCGAUCCGACCCUUUCCGGCGCUUUGCCCCCGAGUCAAGUCGCAAUAGAUGCACUUUUGGAAGCAACAAGCUCGCAUAUGUUUGACGGCUAUGGACCAGCUGUGGGUGCUUUGGCUGCACGUGAAGCUGUUGCCACCAAAUAUACACAUCCACAAGCUCCAAUUACCGCCGAUGACGUCAUUCUGGCCAGUGGAUGUUCGCACGCUUUGCAAAUGGCCAUAGAAGGUUUGGCAAAUCCUGGGGACAACAUCCUAAUCCCACAGCCAGGAUUUCCACUCUAUUCGACGUUGUGCAGACCGCAUGGCAUUGAGGAUCGCGCUUACAAAGUCGACAUGGCGAAUGGCGGACAAAUCGACCUCGAAUAUCUCGAAACACUGAUCGACGACCGUACCCAAGCGCUAAUCGUGAACAAUCCUGGAAAUCCAACCGGAGUUGUAUUCAGCAAAGAACAUCUACAGGAUAUCUUAGCUGGGGUGGGAGAACGUAGACAUUGUGAUGAUGGUGGGGUGAUUGAAAAAGACUGGUUCUCUUUCUGCUUGCAGUUCGCCAGUCGUCAUCGUCUUGUGAUCAUUGCGGACGAGAUCUAUGGAGAUCUAACGUAUGACGGAGCUGUGUUCCAUCCGAUUGCCACACUUUCGCCCAAGGUUCCGAUAAUAACCUGCGACGGACUGGCGAAGCGAUGGAUGGUGCCAGGAUGGCGCCUGGGUUGGCUGAUUGUGCACGAUCGCUUCCGGGUGCUCAGCGAAGUUCGCAAGGGACUUGUGGCCCUUUCGCAGAAGAUCGUUGGUCCCUGUUCGCUCAUCCAGGGCGCUCUGCCGAAGAUCCUUCGCGACACCCCGGAGGAGUAUUUCGAGCACAAUCGACGGGUCAUUUCGCGAAAUGCGGGGGUGAUGAACAAAACUCUCAAGGGGAUCAAAGGGGUGCAUUGCCUUCGACCCCAUGGCGCUAUGUACAUGAUGAUUAGUCUGGACAAAUCGCUCUAUGGGGAUGAUAUACAGUUUUCGUGCAAUCUUAUUCAGGAAGAAUCAGUCUACUGCCUUCCCGGAUCGGCCUUCUCCUCACCCGGCUGGAUCCGGCUGGUCCUUACCCAAAGUGAAAAAAUCAGCGAAGAAGCCGCUUUACGAAUCCGCUCGUUUUGUGAACGCCACCUGAACGAAGCCGACCUGGCCGAUGUUGGCGAAUCAUCCGACGAAGGAUGUGAUAUCUCAAACUGCGAACCUUUCUAG